AGCAUGAAUGGAGAGUUACAUGCUUACAAGGAGGUGACCUUAUUGAUUCGACUGUUUCAUGUGUAAGAACAGUAAUCAAGAGCAGCUAUAAUAGUCCUAUCAUAUCAGAAUAUGGCCGAGGCGCAUCAAGCUCGAGUGACAAAGGCUGUAGAAGAUAUGGUUCAAAGCCUGGAGCGAGAUCACAUACGCAAAAUGCAGGGCCGUAUGUUCCAGUGUAGCGCAGACUGCUGUGACCGCUCUACGGACAGCAUGGCGCAGGUACAUCAGUGCAUCGAACGCUGCCACACACCCCUCGCCCAUGCACAAGGGACAGUGACCGCGGAGCUGGAGAAAUUCCAGGAUAGACUGAGCCGCUGCACCAUGCACUGCAACGAUAAGGCGCGAGACCUCUUCGACACGGGGGCGAAGGAACCGGCCGUGCGGGCCCUGAUGGAGCAGUGCGUGGGCAGCUGCGUGGACGACCACAUCAACCUCCUGCCCAGCAUGACCCGCAAGCUUCAGGAGAACCUCGAGUCCAUAUCGCAGUCACAGUGACCGGGAUGCGACAAUCUGGGGGGGUCCCAUCAGAGCAACGGGGGACAAAACGAUGCCGAGAAAUCCCGAACGGGAUUCAUAUGGUUAAUCAGAUUCAAAAUAGGACCGGCAAGAGGGUUAAGAGAUGUUAUUGUUUGGGUACCAUGACUGACCAAAGCCAAGGGGAGGUUCAAGGCUAGUUUUAUGGCCAAAACUAGCUCUUUGCAAAAUCAGCUUGAAACUAGAUAAUCGUCAUGGUAAAGAUCACUGGACUAGGAAGAGCAACUGACUGUUGCUGAAAAUACUGAGUAUGGUGUUCCAUGUUCUUUUAUCACCCCUGACUUAAGACCACAUGAUGCUUGCCAGCUAUAGCAUCAUGGUCACUAAAAUUUAGUUAUUUCCUACUCACUCACUCAGGCUUGAGGUUAUAAGGCCUAGUGUUUGAGUCGCCUGCCUCAAUGUCAUGUAAGUCCGUCUAAAAAUUCAGUUUUGACAACUCUGUGCUAUAUUUCUGUCUCUGAUGGAUAGGAUGUCAGUCAGCAGUUUGUGUGUGCAUGCCUUGUAUUUGAUCAAAUGUUGCAGAUAUUUGGAAGUGGAGAGGGGCUGUUUGGUUUGGUGCUCUUUCAUACACAUCUGCCUCCUGAUUGUGAUGGGUUUUGUGAACUGUGAAGCACUUGACUUCUUGACCUUGUGCUCUUGUUUGUUUUUGUACAGACAAUAAAUCAAAGAAUUAAAUUAAAGUUGACAGUGUUUGGA